UCUGCAGGGAUUUGCAUUCACGUGACCUGAGAGGCGCGCUGUGCAUUGGACCGUUCACCGUCACAUGGCCGGAAGUUGAAAACGAAGCGGUUGAAGCUGUGCUUUUAAAAUAAAAACAAACCCCGCUGGCCUUUUGCCUUUUUUUAUUAGCCAUAUAAUUCACAUAUAAUGCUGCGUAUAUUUUAAAUAAACGACACUCGCCGUCGCGACAGACUGAAUGAACUGCGAUGAGGGGGAAAGUUAAAACUGAAAUGUAAAUUCAUCGAACCUGGGCUGGCCGUUACAGCUGGGGGCAUGCUGGCAUGGCCUUUUAAUGUGAGACGAAGUGCACCGUCAUGGAUGACUCGGAUCAGGAUUUUGUAGAUCUCUGCUCAAAGCUGUUGAGACGAGUCCGUAAGAAACCAGGUGAGUCCAGACAGCCGAGGAAGGCAGAGCGUCAGCCCUCCAGCCAGGCAAGCGAUGGAGACAAGAGGAGGAGAAAUAACAGAAGAGAUGGUGACUCUGGGUCCCAGCCUGUUUGUACUGGUGCAGAGGAGCGUGUGCUCUGUGGGGGGACUGGACAUGAUUCAGGAGAUGCUGAGUCGUCAUCAGGUGUGCCUUCAGCAGCAGCAGGACCCAGAGCUGAGAGACGUUUGUCGGCGAAAGACAAAGUACUCCACAGGAUGCAACAGUUCAAGAGAGUCAGUCCGCAGAGGAUGGUGCUCAAGGACAAGAGCCAGCCCACAAACCAUGAGAACGACAGUGCUGCUGCUGCUGCUCCUCCUCCUCCUCCUCCUCCUCCUCCACCUCUGACUCAAGGACAAGAUACUCCAGAGUCUUUCAGCUCAGGUCUCCACCCGGAGCCCCAGGACAGCGAUGAGGCUCUGGCCCUGCGACUGCAGCAGGAGCUGGACAGGGAGGCAGCAGAAGCCCAGACGGUCGACCUGGAGGACGGAGGCCUUUUCUUCUGUCAGAUCUGCCAAAGAGAUCUCUCACAUAUGACACCUGAUGGGCGAACGCAGCAUCUCAACAGGUGUUUGGAUGAGAGUGAAAAGACCGCCCCAGCCCCCCCUCCUCCACCUCCUGGGGUCCCCGACUGUCCCAUCUGUGGCAAGAAGUUCAAGUCCCAGAAGAGUCGCUCGGCCCACCUCAAGCGCUGCUCCUCAGAAAUGGGCGUCGCUCCGGCUGUGCUGCUGCAAGCUCUGCAGAGACAAACUGAGGAGACCCAGAGUGUCCCCACUGUUAACACAGUCACACAGACUGGUGGCACUAAAAGAAAAGGCCCAUCCAAGCCGGGCCUCCCAGCCAAGAAGAAGCCCAGGAAGAAGACUCCACCCCUGGACGAAGAAACCAUGGUGGCCAUGGCUCUGUCCUCCUCUCUGCUGGAACAACAGCAGCAGAGCGACAGGGAGUCAGAGAUGUUACAAACUGCUGCCUCGCACAUCUCUAUGACUCCAGCGUUAAAGUGGAGGCCAGACGCAGGUAAGGGGCGUGGGAAGAGGAAAAAGGGCGCCGUCCCCCGUCCUCCUCCUCUCCUCCUCGUCCAGGACGCCGAGGUGGCACUGGCGAGGCUGCAGGAACGAGUUUCUGCUCUCCUCCUACGCAGCCGGGCCCCGUCUCCACCCACCCCGACCCGCUGCCCCAGCAGUCUGCCAGGCUGGAGCGGUGCUGCCCCCCUCUGGCAGAAGAGCGCACUGCUGGACGGAGCCAACACCUGUCUGUCUGAUUUCUACACCCCAGAGCUCAGAGAGUUCUUCAUGCCUUGGGAGGCAGUGGCGACUGAUGCAACCACCUCCAGCACCGUCAACAAGCUUGAGUCUUCCUUCCGACCUGUGAGUGAAGGAACUCCUGUCACAGAGACCAGGGCCUCCAUCCUGCCAUCCUCCACCCAGACAGCCUCCUCUUCCCAGACGGCUCUCUCCACACCGGGGACAGGCCGGGCACUCCUGAUGGACCUGAUGGAGCUGGUCGAAGACGGCGCGACCCUCACCCAGUAUGGUCACACUGCUCCAGGCCCUGACACAGACAAAAGUGUCAGUCAGAACGCAAAUCUCCGUCUGAGCGGCUUCCUCCUGGAGGAGUCGGAGGAGCAGGCUGACUUCUGUGUGAGCGGCUUCCUACCAGACACAACACACACACAUUCAGACGCUGCCUGCAGCCGAGAGAGGAGGACAACUGUUCAGGCAGGAGCGGAUAAAGACGGAAGCGGCCACCGAUCAGUGGCGCUGUCCAGACUUGCUUCAGACCUGAGCAGCAUGGUGAACAACCCUCAGCUCAGUGACCUGCAGCUCCAGGUGGACAGCGGAGAGGUCUACUUUGCUCAUUCCUUCAUGGUGUAUGCUCGAUGCCCCCUGCUGGCAGAAAUGGUUCAUGAAAGUGGUUUUGGGGUGCGGGAGGAAGGCAUGCCUGCGACCCAGAGGGUGUUGAUGAAUGACGUCCCGGGACAGGCGGUGUUUGCUUUGCUGCGGUAUCUCUACACAGCUCGCUGCGCCAUCCCAGAAUCACUUCGUCCUCACAUGCUGGAACUGGCAUCCAGGUUUGACUUGCAGGAGCUACAGCAGCUUUGUGAGCUCCACCAAGAGGAUGCAGCGCCUCCAGGGGACGAGGAGGACUACAUAAACCAGGAGGAGAAUGUCAACAACCAAACAGACCAGGCCCUCAUGGUGCUGCUACGCUCCAUGUGGGGUGAGGAAGAUGAAGACGACGAGGGCACGGACACAGACGGAGGAAGGGACAAAGAGAGAGACUUGGAAGGAGAUCAUCAUGGCGACGACCUCGCAUCAGGCGACGGGGAGAUCAGUGAGGAGAAAGUGAAUGAGGAUGAGCUGGAGGAGAUUUAUGAGUUUGCUGCCACACAGAGAAAGAGGGAGGAGGAGAAGGACAGCAUGGAAGAGGAGGAAGAGGAGAGGGUAGAUGAGGAAGAAGAUGGAGUAGAAGUGUUCACAAAACUGACGGAACCCAGACGAAGCUCAGCAGGCUUCAGCAUUAAGAAAAAAUCUCAACUUGAGCCAGACCCCAGCCUGGACCGCAGCUACAGCCGCCUCUUCUCAGAAUCCUGGGGGGUCUACGAGGAAGAAGAGCCUUCCUCUUCACCUUCUACUUCCCACUCUGCUAAGGCACACACUUCUCAAUCCCAACAACACCAGUUUCCUCAUAAACCCUUAUCUGAACUGUCCGGCAGAACUUUGCUUCAGUCUUCAGCAAGCGUAGCUGGCGACCUUUCCCCCAGCCCUCCACCCAGUGCAUCCAACCUGCCUAUUCCAGGCCAGUCCCCUGGUGAAGCAGGUGACUGGGGUGGUGGUGGAGAUGAGGGAACAGAUGCUUUGAAGCGGGAAAGCCAAGGUCCUCGUAGUAUCUGUGUCCCUUUUUCUCCUGAUUCGUCUCAGGAUAAGAAGGAACCUGAAGUCAUCAUUUUAUCUGACUCAAGUGAGGAGAUGGAGGUAGUUCUUAGUUCCCGUAGUCCUUCACCAAAUUCCCCUUGCGUCGUCCAGAACUUGCAGAGCUACACCCAGAUCAAACCUCAGCCAGUCCUGAAACCUAAUGAACCUACCCAGAAGGAUAAACAGUCUAGUAGUUUAGAGAUUAGUCCUCAUGAUUCAGCUGCAGCGCCGGCUCAAAGUCGUCUAGAUGACCAGGAUCUUUUAGGCUGUUCUCCAGAAGUGUCCUGGCUGAUCCCGUCCACACCGGUCCAGCCCGUAAGAAGCUCCACAACCAGCUCCACUCAGACCAAAAGCAGCAUGUGCAGGACGCAGCUGUUCCCUCGAGUCGACACUUCCUCACACUCAUCUUCUGCUUUCUCCUCUCCUGCUUUACCUCUCAACAACAGACUGCAGACGUCCAACAGUUCAACCAGAGCUUCUGCCUACGUUGCCCCAACACAGGGAAGUGUUCCCAAAUUAAAACUGGACGAGACCAGUAGCGCCAGCUUGGAUCUCAACCUUCCUUCUAAACGAACCACUAGUUGUGAUUGGAGUAAAGAUAGAGGAGUACUUGCAGCACCCCCGUGCCAACCUAAGCCCUCAACCAUGACUUCCUUACAGGAUACACCCCUCCAUGCCCAGCUGCAGCCUUACAGCAGCACUCCCCUCCACACAGAGCUCCAUAAGGCCCCCGUUCCUUUUGGCACCUCCCCUCUCCAUAGCAACCUCGAUAAGCAGAGGUCAACAAGUCAAGGAAAGCCAUCUGAAAGCCCGGAGAAGACUGAGUUAGGGAGCUUUCAUCUCUCCCACCUGUCUGACCCGUCAGAGCCACCCUCGUCUACCUCUCACAGAGGUCUUCAAAGUUCACAGAGGCACAGCGGGUCCUCUAGUCAAAGCCGACACUCUGUUGAGUCCAGCAGUCACAACAACACAGAUGAGCUCAAGAGCAAGGGGAUUAGAGAUGAGGAAGGAGAAGUAGAGACAGAGUGUGAAAAUAAAGGAGAGAAGGAAGAAGCAGAAACUGGAUUGGCAGAAGCUGCUGAAUCCAGUUUACAGCAGAGCUUCAUGGACGAGCCCCCCAUAGCUUUCAACGACUCGUGGGGUUUCGACGCCUGUGCAGACGUAGAUGCGAACCCAGGCUGCUUCAGUCUGAGGCUGGAGGACAGCGGAGCUUCCAGCCAGCAAGGAGAGCGCAGCCUGGGACAACGAGAAACAGCCAGGUCACCCUCUUCUGUCGCCUGUCGACCUUCACCGUCCAAACACAGUGUCCAUUUACUAAACAGCCACAGCAGUGUGACUGCAUCCAAAGCUCACAGCACACAACCAUCCAGCAGUGAACAGGCUCAUUCAGACCUUUCCUUUACUCCUUCACCACCUAACCCCACCACCCGGACCCCACCAGAGAUCAGCAACAGCCUCCUGGACUCCAAAGUAUGGGACAGCUGGGAGGAGGAAGAGGAGGAGGAGGCUCUUCCUCUAUCUCAAAGGGCGGAUCCUUCAGUUCAGAUCAAAACACCAGUGACAUCACACAAUAAAAGACGUCGCACCCUGGUGCCCAUCACCCCACUGCCCCACUACUCUGACAUGGACACGCCGGAGCUCAAGAACAAGCUCAACAGGUUUGGUGUUCGGCCUUUACCGAAGCGCCAGAUGAUCCUCAAACUGAAAGAGAUCCACCAGUACACCCACCAGCUGGUCAGCUCUGACUCUGAGGAUGAGGCGCCGUCAGCGGGCCGCACAGUUCGGAUGAAGCAGCCGCCCACUGGUUCAGAGGCUCCUGGCAACAGGCCGGUCUCCUGCACCCAGAGAGUGAAGUUUAAAGAGCCGAGAGCCCCCGCUGCCAUCUCCCCUCUGAAAGCCAGCAGAGAGGAGGAAGCAGAGCUGCUGUCUGCUUCUCAGGGCUCCAACACCUCGUCAACUGCUGCCAGUGAAGAAUCUGAAAGGUCCAACCCAGAGCUGUGCCUCUCCUCCGACUCAGACAGCGACGGUGGCAUCUCUGCCUCCCAGUCAGCGAACCGCCUUCAGGAUCGCCUCCAGGCUGUGCGCUCCUUCAUCCUGUCUGACUCCGCACUGUACAGUCAGAUCCUCCAGUACCAGCCUCUGGUCUUGUCCCAGCUCCAGGAGCGACUCAAAGCAGCAGGGAUCCGCCUGGGUGCCACCAAGCUGGCAGACUACCUGGACUCCCAGUGCAUCACCUUCACCACAGCCAAGCCGGGCCACUCCGCACCCAGCCGCAGGCGGGGCAGGAAGACAGGCAAGGGGGCAAAGGUCGCGGGUGGAAGCACAGCAGGCAGGAAAAAGGCUAUUACAGCUAUGAUUUAA